AACACUAUCCAAUCCAUAGCGCGGCGUGUGUUUUUGUGAGACGCCGAACGGACGAUGUGGUGGUAAUCUCCGACCUCUGGUCUCUUCCCCAAUUCUAAAAAAAAACAAAAAUGGCCUAUUUCGCGUCCCAAGAGAAGCGGAAAGCCGAGGAGUCCGCCCUGGUUCACGUGAAGAAGCCUCGCAAUGAGCUGCUCGGCUACUCCGACGCGGGAAAGCGGCUCCAGUUGGCCGAGGUGGGUCGCACGUCCAGCCUGGAGGCCCCCAUCAUGCUGCUCACGGGCCACCUGGGGGAGCUCUACUGCGGCAAGUUCCACCCGGACGGGACGUACUUGGCGACCUCGGGCUUCGACCGCCAGAUUUUCUUCUGGAACACCCUGGGAGAGUGCGAGAACUUUGCCGUGCUGAGCGGACACACAGGUGCCGUGCUGGACAUGCACUUCUCCACGGACGGCGGGCUGCUGUUCACGGCCUCGACGGACAAGACGCUGGGCGUGUGGGACACCCGGGUGGGGGUGCGCAUCAAACGACUGCGGGGCCACUCCCUCUACGUCAACUGCUGCCACCCAGCCCGCAGGGGGCCCCAGCUGCUCUGCAGCGGGGGCGACGACAGCACCCUCAAGCUCUGGGACACGCGCAAGCGGACGCCCGCGCACAGCUUCCAGGAGAGUUACCAGAUCACGGCGGUGUCCUUCAACGACACGGCUGAGCAGGUGCUCUCGGGGGGCAUCGACAACCUUAUCAAGGUCUGGGACCUGCGCAAGAAUGCCGUGCUGUACCGCAUGGCCGGGCACCUGGACACUGUGACGGGGAUGUCGCUGAGUCCGGACGGCUCCUACCUGCUCUCCAACUCUAUGGACAACACCCUGCGAAUCUGGGACGUGCGGCCCUUUGCACCCCAGGAGAGGUGCGUCAAGAUCCUCCAAGGUCACCAGCACAACUUUGAGAAGAACCUGCUGCGGUGCGGCUGGUCGCCGGACGGAGCCCAGGUGGUGGCGGGGUCGGCGGACCGGUGCGUGCACGUGUGGGACACGACGAGCCGACGCCUGCUCUACAAGCUGCCCGGGCACAAGGGCUCCGUCAACGAGGUCUCCUUCCAUCCAAAGGAGCCCAUCGUGCUAUCGGUGUCCAGCGACAAACAAGUGUUCCUCGGCGAGAUCGACAAGUGAGACAGCAAUAAAAGUUCAAAACCGA